ACCAAACAACUCGGCCCGUGAAACGCCCGUGAAUGCGGGCGGUUGCGACGGUGCCCAUCAGGCUCGUGUGUAUGCGUAGCCGCGUCCGAAAUACGCGGUCGAUUACCCGCUUUGCCGAUUUUACAACUGGCUGGGGGACAGAUUUGCGAGUGCAAAGCGCGACGGUGCUUUCCGAGCGGGCAGCGUUGCCGAAACGAGCCUGACAGCCGGCGGGAGAAGAGGGUGUAUCCGACGACGGGCUGUCUACCACACCAUUGAGCGGAUCGUAACCUGCAGCAUGUAAUCUCGCGCCGUCGGGCCAUCGGCUUGCGCUGCAGAGUUCACAACUUGGCUUUGCUCGAAGAAAUGAAGAGAAGAGUGGCAGAAUUGUCGCGAUGAACCCUGUCCAGUCUCCAGGAUGAGUUUGAAGGCCUUCGACUUGGUUCCGCUUAGCGAACGUGUAUCGACUGGUGCAGCGACAACCGAGAUCACAUGUCUAGAAUGCAGUGGAAGGACGCUGUAUGUUGGGACCGCAGACGGCUUUCUCAUCCAGUACGACUUGGAGGACCACAGCUGGUUGGACGGGCGUCGCACCAUUGCCGCCCGCAAGGCCAGGCAGAAAUUCAUCAACACAAAAAAGCCGGUACGAACGCUGAAAGCAAUGUCGGCCCUGGAGAGACUCCUGUGCCUGAGCGACGGGAACUUCAUGUGCCUUAACACGGCUGACCUUGAUAUCCUUGCCCCACUGUCAAAGCUGAAAGGCAUCUCUGCAUUCUGCAUCAACGAAAAUCCUACCCGUCACGACCCAUUUUCCAUUCAGGUGUGUGCAGCCAAGAGAAAACAGCUGCAACUGUAUGCUGUCACAGAGAACAAGGUGGCUCACCAGAGUGACAUCUCCCUUUCUGAGCAUGCCCUGGCAUUGGCCAUGGAUGGAGACUACAUUUGUGUUGCCACGGUGACGCAGUACCUGGUUGCCUGCUGUAGCACUGGCCACGUUCAAAACUUGGUGCCGUACGACAGCAACCUCACCGUGCCGUUCGUCAAGAGAAUCGCCAAGGGUGAGUUUCUGCUCAAUGGCCCCAGCGACUUGGGCAUCUUUGCCACGAGCUCAGGUGUGUCACAGAGGCCUCCUCUACCCUGGAGUGCGAGCGUCUCCGCCGUGGCCUACGCCCACCCGUACAUUGUGUGCCUCUCCGAAGACUACGUCACGGUGUACAGCAUUUUCGACCAACAGCCGAAGCAGCGCGUUCCUUUCAUCAAUGGCACCUUCCUGGACAACUUCGAGGGCAAGCUGGUUCUGGCUGGACGAGACACACUUUUCGUGCUGCAACCUGUGCCAUGGGAGGCUCAGGUGCAAGCACUCUUGGCAGACGAGAAAGUGGCAGAAGCUCUGGAGCUGGCAAGGCACUCCAACAAGACGGGACUGUCGCACGAACAAAACAAAGAGGUGUUGCAGAGGAUACAGCAGCAGGCGGGUUUCAUCGAGUUCUCCAACUUGCAGUUUGCUGAAGCUGAAGAACUUUUCCAGGAAGGAGGCCUGGACGUCAGAGAACUGAUCAGCCUCUACCCAGAGCUGCUGCCUGCUUCGUCGAACUUCGAGAGGGCGUCCCCCAAGCUGCACGACAUCGAUGACGUGGUGCAGAUGUGUGACGGUGAUAAGGACAAAGUGGCCAAGUGCCACCAUUUCCUGGCUUCCUACUUAGAGACUACCAGGCAGCUUUUUUCCGACUCCAGAAUGGAGGUGAACAGUGCCCUGUUGAAAGUCUAUGCUCUAUCCGGGGACGAUGACAAGCUGCUGAGGUUCCUGCAGAGCAACGGUGGCAUUUGCUGUGAUUUGGCCGACUGCGCACAGUUCCUCAAGCGUCACGGACGGCCACAUGCCGCUGCGCUCUUAUACCAUGCCCACCGAGAGCAUGAAAGCAGCCUGCGUCUCUGGGCAAGCAUUCUGUCUGGGGAACUGCAAGACGAAACAUUCCCGGGGCUUCAAUAUUACGUUGACUACCUCUCUAAACUAAGCAACCACAAGCUGUUAUGGUCGUUUGCGGAGCUGGCUCUGGAAAAGGACCAAGAGAUGGGAGUCAAGAUAUUCACGGACAGGCCUUCUGACGAACCCAAUUCAGACGAGCUCAAGCCCGAAAACGUGCUGGAGUAUUUGCACCGUUUCGAGGAUGCUGUUGUCCUCUACCUCGAGCAUCUUGUGUUUGGAAAAAAGCUUGAGAAGGAGAAAUAUCACACCUUACUUGCGGUGAUGUACCUAGAUAUGGUGUUACGUCUGCUCAAAGAAAAUGGUCCCAGCGGUGAUUCGGAGAGGCUGAAGACGAUUCGGGAAAAGCUGCAGCACCUGCUGCGGACGUCGAAUUCCUAUCGUGUGCAGCUGUUGCUGGGCAGGACACUGGAGAAUGGCUUGCACCAAGAGUGCGCAAUUCUCUAUGGCAAGCUGGAAGACCACGACAAGGCACUUCGUAUCCUGGUCCACCAGCUGAAGGACUACCAGGCCGCCGAGGACUACUGCCAGCAAUUGUCGCAAGGGCGGGACCGGCGCUUUCGACACCGCCUGUACCACACCCUCCUUGCUGUCUACUUAGACAGCAGUCUUCCGAAAAACGACCAAGAAGCGUUACUACCAGCUGCCAUCCAGCUGCUAAACAGUGAAGUGGCUGAAUUCGAUGCUGUAAAGGUGUUACAGCUGCUGCCCCCUGACUGGUCCGUCUCCCAGAUGGACCAGUUUCUGGCAAAGGCGGUGCGCACUUCGCUGCACCGGUGCAACAUGGCUCGUGUCGAGAGCGCCCUGCGUCGUGCUGAGAACCUUCAGGUGCGCCUGCGAGAGGCCCUGCUGCACCAGACAUCGAUGACGCUCACCGAAGACAGGACGUGUGCCAUCUGCCUGAAACACUUCCAGGAUCCUUCAUUCGCCUGGUGCCCCAACGGAUCCAUCGUGCACGUUGACUGCAUGAAAAAUGUGGCCGGAACGCAGGGACAUUCCAACGACAGUUCGCGGAGCAGCCCCAGAUGAUGAUGGCUGGUUCGAUGCUAGUCUCCGUAGGCUUAAAGAUGGGGACGCAGGGGGGGCGUGUUAGAUCUUUACGGAAGGUCUAGUCUCGAGCUCGCACUUCCACAAAAUGAUAAGUGCUACGCAACGAGUUAAUCAUAUGCAUCUUCUUGAAGCUAUUACAAACGAAGGCGAGCGGACACUUUGAAUCGCUGUUAGCCCCCCC